AUGGCUUUUUACAAGGGUAUACUGCCUCCUGGCAAAACCUUGUGUAGAUUGGGCUAUUGUCAUGAUGGGUACCUGGUUCAUGGCAUCCGACACCACGAAAGCUUUGCCAAAUCAACAGAAGUCAGCGAUGUCUGCAAGAUUGAUAACAAAUAUGCCAGGGCCCGCCACGCACGUCUUAGCAUGAGCAACAUUAUUCCAGACAUGGCGUUCCAGGCCGUGAUGCCUUACUGCAUUUGGUAUCCCGAUGUUGCUACGGAGGACACCUAUCGAAAGCCUUACCACCGCUACCCUGAAAUGCGAUAUCAUAUUGGACGGGCCUGUGCUGUUGCAGGAGCUUGUCUCAAUGAGGACACCGCUGUUCGAUCUUCUCUGAAACCUCGUAGACAAACGGUACAAAUCAAAGCGGGACCCCGUUUGCAAACUUGGACAUCUAACUACUUCGAUAUCCAAGAGGACGCGAACAUCACUUCAAAUUCUUAUACAUGUGAUGGGCCUAGUUGUUCGAAGUUACAAGCCGAGUACAUCAACCUACUUCACAAUCUACUGCCAAGAGACUUGCCUCCUAUCAAUAAGGACAUUUUGAUUCUCAUGGCAGCAUGGGACGGCAAUAUUGAUCGUUACGCGCGCCUCAGACGGCCAAUUGCGGUUCCGAAUGAGAUCACGGCCGUUGUCCGCGGUGCCUACCAUCACACACCAUUUGUGCGAAGGCUCGAAUCAUGCAUCGAUGAGCUUUUACCACGGGAAUACGAAAACACGCUUGACACUUUGUGCGAGCUUGCAUGGCGCCAAUCUGACCUGAAGCACAAGGUCACACUCGCAUGCAUAGCUGGGGGCCACCGACAACUUUUCCUCCAGCUUUCCGAUGGAAUGACACCAACACAACAACAGUGGGAAGCCGCGCUUCUACCUUAUAACAAGUUCUAUCUGGAGAAUAUCGAGCGGCGUGCAAAGGAGGAGGGAAUCGAGUUUCGUAAGCAGUACGAGUGGAGCAAGGAUUAUCUACGACCGACUGAGGAGCUGUAUAGGGGCUUCACUAGGUUGCCAAUGAUUAACGACCUCUUCAAUGAGCCCGAUGGCCACGGAGAAGACUGGAAUGAUUGGGACGCGCCCAGUGAUAAUCUUCUUAUUUUCCACAUGCAUCUGCAGAUGCGAUUGAUCAGUUCCUCUGACAGAGCGAGGCAAGAAAAACAACCCAAUGGGUACUGUGGCCAACUGUAUUCAACACCGGAGGAUCGGGAACGGCGAUCAGGACCAUCUCUGCAGCCAAAAUUUCCGAAAUCGUUGGCACUUUCUCCGGAGGUUGACGAGUAA